AUGGCACCCAUUGAAGUUGCUAAAAACCUCACAUACACAGAUCACUCGCCAAUUGUCGGAUUGUCUAAGACAAGCAAAGCCAAGGAAGCAUGUGGACAACUAUUCACAAUUGGAAACGUAAAUAGUACAACCGAGGAAGGGGAGACAGAUGGUCUUGAUUCUAUCAAUCAAAUGUCAAAAGAGGAGACCAAAAUUCCGCUGAAAUCUGUUGCACCCAUGGAACAGCUAACAACCCAAAGCGAGAUACGGCUUCACCUCAAUUCAAAAUGUCCUUGGGUGAACUCAAACCGAAGCCGUGUUCUCAUUGGGGCUUCCUGGAUGGUAGAGGAGGACAAACGCCAGUUUUUGAGGUACCCAGAAGUACUUUUCAUGGAUGCCACGCACAAAACUAACAAUGAAGGCCGCCCUCUUCUACUCAUUUGUGGUCGGGACUCUGAUGGCAAAGCCUUCGUUAUACUGCGUGUGUUCAUGCCAAAUGAAACUUCCGCAUUUUAUAACUGGGUCUUUCAGGAGGCCCUCCCAUCAAUGUUAGGCAAGGAGCAUUUGGAGCGGGUCAAUUUGGUUCUAACUGAUGGUGAUUCUAAUGAAUUCUCAGCUCUUGAAAAUUCAAUGCUUAAGUUGCUACCAAAUGCACUUCGGGGUAGAUGUGGGCACCACCUCAUUAAGAAAACGUUGCAAAAGAAAUCCAUUGCGCCUUCUUAUUUCAAAAAUAGGGUAUUGGGAGAGGCUAUACUGCAAGAAAUUGAAGGUUGGGUCCGUUCUUGGGCAGACGGAUCUUCCUGUCUCACUGAGGAAGAGUUUAUGUUCUCCAAAAACUUGUUGCUGGAUGAAUUGCGGAACAAUGAACAGCUACAAGAGGUCAUGGGGCUGGAGAGCGUCGGCAAACUCAUGGACUGGGUCGACACAGAUGUACUGCCCCAUGAAAAGAACUUUGCCCACUACAUGAAACGAGACCAUCGGUGCCUUGGGGAAUAUGUUACUAAUGCAACCGAGGGAUUAAACUAUGCUGCCAAACACAGUUCAAUGUCCGCAAAGCCAGAUCAGAAAAUGGUCACUUCCGCUGGAGCCAUGCAUAGCCAUGAUGACAUGAAGAAUCGAGAGAGGAAGAAAAAGAAGUUGCGCCAAUUUGAGGAUACACCCUUAUUCCUUGAAAGGGGUAACAAAAGGCACAACUCAGAUUGUUUCAAAGAGCUUGUACCUAUUGGCCGAUCUAUUAUGAUGGAUCAAGUGGAACAGAGUGCCGGCAACUAUGUGGUUGCCCAGAUCUCACCCGAUUCAUUCUGUGUGAUUUUGGAUCAGAGUCAUGUCUCCCGGCCGCAUGGGUGCCCAGCAUGGUUCAAAGGUCGUCCCAGGUUCAGGUCGGUCAACAUUGUGGAAGUGGACAAGGAAGAUAGCAACCGUGUUGUGCUGAAGUGCUCAUGCCGCCAUAAACAGCACUAUGGAUUGCCCUGUCGCCAUUUACUCUCCAUUGAACACCAAUACGAUCUUUCCGAUAUUGCCUGUCGUUGGCGCAACGACUAUGACUUGUAUGCGUAUUCAAACGGAAAGGAGAAGACUAUGACCAGAUUGUUUGCUGAAUUGAGCAAGGUUGAACACCAGGGAAUCCUGGUAAAGAGUGAGUGGUUGAAAGAAAGGCUAAAGGGGGUGGCUGGACAGAGCUUCCAACCCUGUCUAAUUACAUUGAAUAGAAGACAAGAAGAAGAAAGGAAAACCACUCUGCAACAGGUGCUUGCACUAUACCGGAGUAAUAGACUGCACUGUUGGAACUACAGUGCUGAAGAGUGCAAUGAUCGUUUACCCUUGUCUCAGCUUGUCAGGAAGGGUGUUCCGCUCUAUUUUUCCCAGGAAACUUGCUUGGACUCAUGUUUUGAGUCAUGUUUGGACUCAGACAAUGACGAAAUAGACAAUACAGGGUUUGAUGCUGCACAAGAGUCCGCCAAACAAGCCUACAAUAUGAAUACCAUGUUCUUGGAUCAACCCAAACAUGGUAAAACCAAGGAUAGAUUGCUCGCGAUGAUUCUGCAGAAGCAAAAAGAGCUAAUGGGUUUGUGUCAUGAGAAGACAAAUCUAUUGCAGUGUUAUUACAAUGUACUCCUUGAAGGCGAAAAGGAAAUCAAUACAAUAAUGGUAGAGGGUCUCAGUCAAAGCCAGCAGGAGAGACUCCAAGGAUCUGAUGAGCAUGAACUACAAUCCUUCAAUUACCCUAUCAGCAGGGCAAAAAAGAGUUUGCAGAACUCCUAUCCCAGAUAUCAUUGCUAG